CAGGCCAUUCUAUGAUUGUAUGAUUUUCCCUGAUAGGUUUAUCCCAGAUUCAUGGGGGAACUGGAGAAAAAUCAUCCAAAGGAAGGCAGUGCUGCAGAAUAAACUCUGAAAGUCACUUGAGAGAAAGGGAAGGUAUAUCCACGUCCUGCAGUAAAUGAUAAAAUGAGUUAGGAUCCAGGAAACUCAUUCUUUCAUGCAAUAACCCACCUUGUUAUUCUGAGUACAGUAUUUGUGCUUAUAUCAUAUUUUAAAUAUGACAAGCUACUUCUCAGAGUAGACAAGAAAAGGAGAAUGUUAUAGAUUUUAAUAUGCUGUUAUGUACUAAUAAGCAAAAAACCCAUCUUCAGAGAGUAGAGCAAAGAAGAGAUGGGCAAGUUUUCUUGGAAGAUUUCUUAGAAAGACCUAUGAUUAUUAUAAAACAGUACUAUUAUAUAUCAUCUCAUGAAACAAGUGGUCUGACUAACUUACACGGGGCUAUUCUAAAGUAAUUUAGAAUAGUCAUUACUUAAUGGAACAAAGCUGCUAGGUGAUGAGAGCUUUUCUUGCAAUACUCAGCACCAUUUCUGGUGAUGAACUAGAGAAAAGAAUCUGGGGGUUCCUUGCAGAAAAAGUGGGCCCCUUUUUCUUUUCAUUUUUUGAUUUGUGUAUUGCACCUUGGUGCAGUGGUACUAGACACAACCAGAAGUUUUUUGUUAGCUCCACUAGUGUUCUUUUAUUCAGAUAGAAACUGAACUUGGGCGAUCUUACUAACUGAAAGUGACCUGUGCUCUGGCAUUGUACAAUUUCCAUUUAGCACAGGGAAUUUUAUGAAGCUGAUUAACUUAUAAGUCUUAAGUCUUUCAGAGUUUUCAGCCUUAGUUUUUUCUCUUUCCUGCAAGGGGAGCCUUUUUUCCUUUUUAUCCCUUCUGUGAAUUUAGGAGAGGCUAUCUUCCAGCCUGGCAGCGUCUGUGAUGCUUGCUGUGUGCUGGACUUUCCUCUAGCUCUGGGAGCAUUCCCUCCAGCAGCCAGACAUUUCCUGGAGCUCCUGUACUCAUGAGUGCCUGGCUCAUUGAGCUGCUGAGAUCUGUGAAGACGCAGCUGGCUCUCGCUGGCUGGAGACAUUGCCUCAUUGCUGUGGGUCUGAAAUACUGAUUGGUGCUAUCAGCCCCAGUGUCCCCUCUGUCAUGCUCCGCUGAUCAGAGGACCACGUUGCUGUCCCCGUGCCGAACAGAGCUGCAACACUGGGACCAAUGGGCAUUGUCCUGGGCUGCCAUCCAGCAGGGCUCCGGAGCUGGGUGUUGCUUUCCUUACCUACCCCAGGGUAAGAGAACCGAACAGAGUCUGAUCAGAGAUGUUUUGGAGUGCACAGAGCUGGCUGUCAGUGUGCUGUGCACGGCUCCAGGUCCAGAAGAUGGCAUAGGAACAUCACCGCCUUCCAGUGAGCCGGGGUCCUUUCUUGCCUCCUCACAUGCUGCUUGAACUGCUCUGAAGCUUUUGUUUCUGGACCGACAAAACCUGUGCGCUGCUUGCCCUGCGAACCUUUCUCUCCUAAUUCAUGAGCCAGCAGGAUGUGGUCGCUGUGCUUUCAGAACGGCUUCUCAUAGCUGCGUACAAAGGCCAAGUGGAUAAUGUGGUGCAGCUUAUCAACAAGGGUGCCAAGGUAGCAGUUACCAAGCAUGGCCGGACCCCCCUGCAUCUUGCUGCCCACAAGGGUCAUCUCCAUGUUGUCCAGAUUUUGUUGAAAGCAGGUUGUGACCUGGAUAUUCAGGAUGACGGUGAUCAGACAGCAUUGCACCGGGCUGCUGUCGUAGGGAACACCGAUGUCAUAGCAUCUCUCAUUCAAGAAGGGUGUGCUUUGGACAGACAAGACAAGGACGGGAAUACUGCUCUUCAUGAAGCUUGUUGGCAUGGGUUCAGCCAAUCUGCAAAAGUCCUCGUCAAGGCGGGAGCUAAUGUCCUUGCCAAGAACAAGGCAGGUAACACACCUCUGCACCUGGCCUGCCAGAACAGCCAUUCGCAGAGCACUCGUGUCUUACUUCUCGGAGGAUCUCGAGCAGAUCUCAAGAAUAAUGCAGGAGAUACCUGUCUGCACGUGGCUGCUCGUUACAAUCACUUGCCCAUCGUUAGGGUGCUGCUCAGUGCUUUCUGUUCUGUCCAUGAAAAGAACCAGGCAGGAGACACUGCGCUCCACGUGGCUGCGGCCCUGAACCACAGGAAGGUGGUAAAGCUGCUACUGGAGGCAGGGGCUGAUACAUCAGUUGUCAAUAAUGCAGGUCAGACCCCGCUAGAGGUGGCCAGGCAGCACAACAACCCCGAGGUUGCGCUUCUCCUCACUAAAGCUUCACAGGUCUCGCGCUUCAACCGUGGAAGAAGCCUGAGGAAGAAGAGGGAGAGGCUGAAGGAGGAAAGGCGAGCUCAGUCGGUACCACGGGACGAAGUGGUGCAGAGCAAGGGCAGUGUCUCAGCUGCUGACGACACGCAGAGCAGCGACCAGCCAGCGCAGGGAAAGACUGAACUGAAGGAUGAGCCCCGAUCAACUUCCCCAGAUCCCAAGGGGAGGAAGAGCAAAAAGAAAAAGCCAAAAGAGAAGGUUUCAGCGCUCUCAGACCCCAUUUCCCCAGCUGACCAGCAGACACUCCCUCGGCCCCAGCAGAACUUGCCCAAACGCAGAAGCAGACAUCACUGCUCCUCUCCGCCUGCUCCCCACGAGGUGCGGGCCUACCAGCUGUACACGCUGUACCGAGGGAAGGAUGGGAAGGUAAUGCAGGCACCGAUAAAUGGAUGUCGUUGCGAGCCCCUGAUAAAUAAACUGGAGAAUCAGCUGGAGGCAACCGUGGAGGAGAUAAAAGCUGAGUUUGGGACUGUACAAGAUAAGAUGAAUAUUAAGCUGGGCCAGAUGGAAAGCAAAACUCAACACCAACUCCGUGUUUUAGACAAGCUUAUGGCUGAGCGCCUGUCUGCAGAGAGAACAGAGUGCCUUCAUCGCCUGCAGCAGCACACCGAGCUGGAAAAAACGGAGGGAGAGAAGCGGCAGAUUUCCUUGGUUGAUGAGCUGAAGACUUGGUGCAUGCUGAAGAUUCAGAAUCUGGAACUCAAGCUUUCUGGAGAUUCCAGGUCAUCAAGACCAAAAUCAACUCUGUCCACAUGUGAGUCUCUGACCGAGACGCUGGACACCGAGAACAACGCCCACAGUGCCAAGGACUGCAGAGCCCCCCAGCCCCUGCUGCCGGCUGAGGGCUCCCACCAGCACUCCUACAUCACGCUCCCAAACAGUCUCUUGGAAGACGGGGGAAGGAACAGAGUCCCCAUGCCAGAGCAGAGCUUUGGACAGCAAUUCUGCAUUCAACAAGAUGGCACCUCAGGUGCAGAGCAACAGUUAAUCAUUGCUGGACCAGUACAUUCUUCAGUCCCUGCUCAAGAUGUCAGGCCAAAGGACAAAGCCGCUAGUGCCAGCACGUUCCACAGGUUCCAGCAGGAGCUGCCCUCCUCUGAACUUUUGGGGUCCAAAUCCAAACAUGUUCGGGUUCAAGCUGCUUUGCAGCCCUUGACUGAACCUGCAAAGAUGGAACCACAGAGCUGCUACUUCCUCAACAAAGGAACUCAGACAAAGAAAUCCAGCAAGAGCGGGCAGUCAAGGCACAAAGCUCUGCACCACGCAGGGGCACCCCAGAGCCAGGAGCAGCAGCACUCCACUCUGCCUGUAGGCCAGUCACCGGCCCCCGCGCACAGAGACACCUCCCAAGCCCUGGAGAUAACGCAGUACUUCUUUGAGGCUGUAUCCACUCAGAUGGAGAAGUGGUAUGAACGGAAGAUUGAAGAAGCCCGGUGCCAGGCUAAUCAGAAAGCACAGCAGGACAAAGCUGCGCUCAAGGAACACAUCAAAAGCUUAGAAGAGGAACUCAGUAAAUUAAGGACUAAGGUGCAGAAAGAAAGCUAGCAUUCACCUAGCAGGCCAAGUCAAGCAGUAAGACUCAUUUUGGAACCUGCACAGGAAGCUGGAGUAUCAAUACAUAUUGAUACAUAUUUGUAGUGCCUGAUACAUCCAAGCAAAACACUCUUUUUUUGGGAGUAGAAGUAGCUUUGGAAGCUCCAGAAACAAGGAGACUUCAUACUCAGACCAUACGGUGAGAUGCUGCAGAUGAGAUCCUUUCUUUGUUAUUUCCCAGAGUCCGUUAAUUAUCGCACUCUCAAUUUUCAGGUGCUGCUUGGAAACAAAUUGCAUUAAAAACCAAAAUUGCUUUCAGAGAAGGGAAUUUUCUUAUUUCUACAUUGGUCAUACGUGGCUGGGUUCCACACGUAAAUGUGGUACCGAUACUAAAAUAAAUCCAGGAGGUCGAGAGCUUUUGACUUGGUCAGAAGCGAUGAAGUGAUUCCUCAGUGAUGAAGGGCUACUGAUAAGACCUCAGCUGCUUCCCGUGGCCUCUGGAGAGAUGCUACAGAACCAACUCACAUUACAAGCAUAAUGCAGGGGGACGAUGCAGGUUUCGUGCUGGGAGAGGCCAAGUUCCCACUGUGUGAGACACUAGGGUGAGUUGUCCUGUUAGGUACAGAAGCUUCUAUUGCCAUGUUGCUUUUCUUUUGGUUUACGUUAUUAAAACAAAUGCUGAAUUAUGCUGUUCUACUGCUAUCCUAGUGGCAGAGCUCCCUCUGGUUGGUUACACUGUUGUUGGGAGAAGUUUUGUUUAGGGCACCCAUGGCAGAUACUUCACUGUAACUAUGCUGUACUUGUAAUUGUACAGAAAUCUCCUUCAAGCAGCAAAUGGCUGAAUUGUCGACUAAUACUGAAGAAGCCUGAAAGAAGUCCUUUAUCUAAAGAGGUGAAAGCUUGGUUCCCUAUACGCAGACGUUACUUUUCUGAGGGGUCAGAAUUUUCUCCCAUAUGCUUUGUUGGGACUGUCUCCCCUUGUUCCUCUGAAUGAUUCUGCUGUUUUUCCCCUUGUGUCUAUCUCUAAAGCUGGGCCCCGGUGGAUCUGCAGGGUAUAGGACGGAUUUCACACAGUUCCACAAAAUAGAACUCAACAAUGUUUUUAAGUUUUUAUGAAUGUUUUGCAACAACAAAAAAACCCAACAAAUUCGCAGUGACUGCUUUUGGCCAUGCUGGUGGCCUCCAAACUGUAAUUCACAGAGCAUCAUUUUCAGUUGGGUUUGAUUCAACGGUAACACCUAAAUUCAUCAGCCGUGUAUGAGUCCUGGUGUGCUUUGUGUUGCAUAAACGAGAGGCACCAGAAUCCCUGUGAGGUUUCCUCCUCAUGCCUCUGGGAAGGCUCCAUCAGAUUCUCUUGAUAUGAGUAAGUUUACUGAGUAUAUCAUGGUGGAACAAUUGUACAAAACCAACUCUGAUACAAGAUGGUACCGUUAUGCCAAGGAGGAAAGUAUUUUUUCUAUACUGUGGAGCCCUAAAAACAGUACAAAAUACAGUAUUGAAGAUACCAUUAACAAAUUAGUAAUUAAGCUUUUUGUCUUCUUAGCAGAUGUACAAAGCAAAGGAAAACUGUAUUAUAUAACAAUAUUUUUAAAAAAUUCCUCAGUGCACUCUCAAGACAAGAAAAGCAUCCGUGUGUUACAGAAACACUAGUUUGAUUGCUCUGACUUCCAUAGUCAUAUAGACACUUUCAUAUGUUUACAAUUUUGUUUAAGCUACUGUAGAAACGCAGAAGCAUGCUAUUUAAGUUUUAUAUCACCUUGAUAAAGUGACUGUUUUGCCGAGUAAUUAAAAUAAACGUUGCUCAGAA